UGUCUGCGUAGCUCAGUCGAAAUUUAGACAUUCACCAUGAAACACUUUGCAGUCUGCGCACUCCUCAUCUUGCCGCUGGUCAGCGGUGGAUUCGCGCCAGCACCACCCACCAGGCACUUUGUGGCCUACGAGAUCCAGUCCACCAACAACAAUUUGCCCGAGAUGGAAGUUAUUGUUCAGAAGAUGCAGGCCAUGCUCCAGAAAAUGAUGCCGGAAAUCUCCGUCAUGGCCGAUGCAGUUGUCGUGCCCGACAUGUCUGUCCAGUCGGACGCUGGAGUGCUGCCCGAUAUGUCGGUGGCCACCGAUGCUGAUGAUACCUCCAGGAGGCGUGCCGCCCAGUUCAAGGUCGCCCCGGUCGCCAAGGUUGCCGCCCCCGUGUUCGCCCAGAUCCCCGACAUGUCCGUCCAGGCUGACGCCGGCUUGAUCCCUGACAUGUCUGUGGCCACCGAUGCGGACGAGACCCCCAAGCGCGCCUCUUUUGGCCUAAAGAAGCCUCUUCUGGACAGGAUCGCCGGAGCCAUUGCCAGUGUCGAUGCCGAUCUGAUUCCGGAUAUGUCCGUUGCCUCUGACGCUGAUGUGACCCCCAGGAAGGCUGUUCCCGGUCUGAAGACCUUGCCUCAGUUUGCCAAGGUCUCCGGAGGCGAGCCAGUGGAGAUUAUGACCCCCAGAAAUUCUUUUUCCGGUCCUAAAACCUUUCCCCAGUUGACCAAGGUCCGUGGUGGUGAACCAGUGGAGAUUAUGACCCCCAGAAAGGCUUUUUCCGGUCCCAAAACCUUUCCCCAGUUGACCAAGGUCUCUGGAGGCGAGCCAGUGGAGAUUAUGACCCCCAGAAAGGCUUUUUCCGGUCCCAAAACCUUUCCCCAGUUGACCAAGGUCUCUGGAGGCGAGCCAGUGGAGAUUAUGACCCCCAGAAAGGCUUUUUCCGGUCCCAAAACCUUUCCCCAGUUGACCAAGGUCUCUGGAGGCGAGCCAGUGGAGAUUAUGACCCCCAGGAAUGUAGCCGGUCUUAGGACCAUGCCCCAGCUUAGAAAAGUCUCCGGAGGAAAGCCAGUGGAGAUCAUGACCCAUGCCGAUGCCGAUCUGAUUCCAGAUAUCUCCGUUGCCUCUGAUGCUGAUGAGACCCCCAGGAGGGCUAUUGCCGGACUCAAGACCCUGCCCCAGUUGACCAAGGUCUCCGGAGCCGAGCCUGUGGAGCCUAUAGCCCAAGAAGUUGUUGAGGAUAAGGCUGCUAUCCAGGUGCACGAUAUGUCCAUCGCUAGUGACGCCAAAUUCGAUCCCAAGAUGACUCUGGCUGCUCUUUUGGCCAGACGCCACUAAUUGAUCCAGGAAUUAUUCAACUGACCCUGUUUAAAUCUGAAAUAAUCCAUAUUUGACUGGUUGUGCGUUUUUGUAUUUUUAAGUUUUUGUAUGAUUUUCAAUAAUCAGUUUGAGAAGAGUGAA